AUGAAUAUCUUAUCUACCGAGCUGCCUGAAAAGUGGUGCGACUUUAAGAAUAAAAUAUGCAAGUACUCUCCACCAUCAUAUUUCAUAUCUUAUCCACUUUAUGCUGCUCAACUUCGUGUGGCAUGUCGGCCUUAUAUGAAUAAAGGAAACAAGUUUAGGAAGGACUCUUAUAAUUCAGAAAUUAAUGAUAUACUUUCAAAUGAAAAAUUGGCACUUUCCCUCAACCCAGCUAAUGUAAUUUCUAGUUAUAAAUUAUUGAAGGCAAUAUAUAACCAUGAAGGAUUCUGGGGUUUAUACAGGGGCUAUAUUCCCUCACUCAUUUAUGUAUUUCUAAGGGAUUGGAUUAAAAAGCACAUGGUAUACUUAGAGGAAUAUUCAAAUAGUAGUAAAAUAUCUAAAAUAAUUGGGACAUACUCUAUAUAUUAUUUUCCAAAAUAUAUUGCUGAAAUACUAGCAUACCCUUGCCUCACUAUAGCUUCACAACAAACUAUAUUUGAUGAACCAAGUCUUAAAGUACUUGGAGGUAGCUUAAGUAAGAUGGAAGAUUGCCAAGUUAUACCUGGUAAUAUUACUAAUUAUCUAUCUACACCUACUAAAAGCAUCCUUUCACUGAUAUGCCUUUCUACUAAAUCAGAACAUGGUUUACUUUCACUAUGGAAUGGAAUUUCAACACAUCUUGCUUCAAAAUUUAUUGAAGAUACAGUCAAUUUGUUAUCCAUGAAAUUGCUUUCAAAGGUUAAAUAUAAACUUUUUGAUGAGAAAGGUUAUAAAAUAACAGAAAAUGAAACAAAUAAAUUAGAAAAGUCAAAUAAUGAAACCAGUAAUGCACUUCAAAGUUUGAAAUUUGUGAUAUGCCACUUUUCAGCUUCCUUAGUUUCACCUAUUACAUUCAUAUCAAUAAUUCAGAGAUGUCAAACUGAUACUCAUUGUGGACUAUGUAGAACUGAUAUAGAUGUAAAACAAAUCCUUAGCAAUAUAAACUGGAAAUCAUAUUUUAGUAACUUAGCAAUGUAUUCACUGAUAUUUAUAGCCAUGCUUGGUGAAAAUCAGUUUCACAAUAUACUAGCUAUACCAGAUAUUACAGAGUAA